CGGAAGGGUUGGCAGGGAACAGGGAGGAGCGAGCACCAAAACCAUGAUUUCUACUCGGCAUCUCUUAAUUAGGGUUUAUAGCAUUGCCAGGUGCUCAGACUGAAAAGGAGAUUGUCAAGGAGCUGGCCCAGAUACUGCAAGCAGAUAAAGGGAAAGUUUGCACUUGAAGGAGAGCUCAACAAGAGCCAAAUAGAUGUACAAACACAUUGCAGCUUGGUUGAAAUACAUUUAAGAUCAUGGAUUCAAGCACAGAAGUUGGAGGUGUACACCCAGACAGAAAAAUGGAGGCUGAAGUAGCAGAAACAGGUUCUGAGCAAAGGGCUUCAUCAGAUGUUCCUGCACCUCAAAGAGAAGACCUUGGUACAAUUCUGUGGCAGAAGGUCAAGUCAAAAGAAUAUGAGGCAGCCAUGUGUAACAUCAAGGAAGAGAGGCACCAGAAAUACCUCAAUCAGAAUAGCCUGGACCUUGUGCCCAUUCUCCUGAAACUGCUUGGUGAAGACCUUGAUCCUGAGGGAGAGCAGUGCAUAGAAGAUCUGCUCGUCCAUGUGGCUUCGGUUGCUAAUGUCAAAGAAGCCACCAUUGCAUUUUUGGAAGAACUGGAGAUGGGGUAUUCAGAAAAGAUGUUUCGUGUUAUUUUGCAUCCAAUCAGAACUCUUCUCAUGGGUCAGAUAUCACAGAAUACUCGUCCAACCAUGUUUUCUUGGAUAUUUAAUACUCUUUAUACUAGGGUAGUUAUGUUAGAACUUCCAUCAGGUUGUAACCUGGAGGGAGAAGAAAGAAAGCUACUAGAUGCUGAUCCCAGGGUGCAGGAAGUGACUGGUGCUCUUCGUUGGCUCACUGACUUCUAUUUCCAUUUUUUUGAAAAAGUCAUGGCUGGAGACUUGGUCUGGGGUGGGAAGGUGGUAAAUUCCAAAGAGUACUUGUCGUUUUUCCUCUUGCAGCUAUUCCAUAAACCCAUUGCAUAUCUCGAUGUAUUUUGCAAGGAAGGAGACACAGAGAGCUCCCUGUAUCGCACAUGUAAUGAUCUGGCUGUGAUGAUAGCGCGGCUUACAGGUAACUCUUUCAAGUUAUUUACUCAUGUGGCUUGGAAUUGCUCAAAAACUCUAAUGGCCACCGAAAGUGAGGCCUUAAAAGAAGAGGAUGAGAAACCAGAGGAAGAGAGCAAGACUGAUGACGAAAAAGUAAAAGAUGAAGAAAGGGAGAAUGAGGUUUCUCAGCUGUCCCUGGCUUCUUUCUUUUAUUGCAUACUUGGGCAACAUAUGGCCAAGGAUUAUGUGCCUUGUGUGUACUCCCAUCAGCAUGUAUUUAUCAACUGCCUGCCUCUUAUUGUUCAGCUGAUGCAGGAGAAGGAAGAGUUUCCCAUCCACAAAGGUCUGAUCCUUGCCAGAACUCUUUUAAGUAACAUUACAGAAAAGUCAUUACCCAGUGAGACUUUAGAAGCUAAAGCUCAUUCAUCUUUCCCACAGCUUCUCCUUAGAAUAAUGAUAACAUGUAAUAACAAAGAAAUUCGUCUCUGUGCACUUGAGGUAUUCCGCCCUUACCUAAAAAAAUUUGAUAGCAUAGGUCGCUCCAAGCUGAUCAUGUCAUUACUUCGCUCAGUAAAGCAUGCAGGGGCACUAGGCCUAGUGAUCCAUGAACUCAAAGAAAAUAUUUCCCAGAAUUUGAAUCAAGAUAUGGAAAACUCAAGCUUUGCAGGACACAAUCUAAUUCAGCUCUUAAAUCUAGCUUGUUACCUCCCCGAUGAUGAGAGAACUGACCUGCUCGAGUGGAGCGACAGUAUCAUGCAGGCUCUUAACUUGCUUGUCUUUUUGCUUUUAAGGGACACACAAAAUGUAACUGGCAUUAGGGAAGCUCUCCCUAAACUUGAGAAAAACUUUUUGACUCCCAUUCAAACAGGACUGGAUAUCUCCAGAGGUCACUAUGAACUGAAGCUGAAGGACCUUGAAAACCCAAGUGGCAAAAAAGAUAUGGAAACAGAAGUUACAGUGGGUGGCUUAACCCUUCCAAGUAUGCCUGUGGAGCAGGAAAGAAAGGUUGUGCAGACUGCCUUGUGCUCAUUUGAUAUGAUGCAGUGCACCCUAGCAAGGGUUCAUCAAGCAGCAGAAAGGAAAGUCUGAUCCAUUCAUAAGACUAUUAUUACUCAUCCCAUCAUUGUUUAAGUUCAUAAUAGAAUAUUAAGAAAUUCAAAUGAGAAUUAGGCAUCAUAGUUUGUACUCACUCAUUUAAUCCAAGAACUGUGCAAUAAAUGACAGAAAAUUGAUUUCCUGUAAACAACCUGUGUUAUUCAAAGCAAAGUAUACUUUUGUUGGAAUCUUAAUGUAUGACUACUAGGAAUACUGCAAUAUACAGCAACUGCUGUUUGUUGGAGUUACUGAAAUUAUGCAUUUAUUUUGUGAAAGCAUUAUAGUUCAUCUUGUAGAGACUAAUGCAUUUGUCAUAUUUUGCAUAUUUGUAUGCUCUUGAGGAAAUUCUGUGAGUAAAACAGUUAAAGUAAACAGCUUCAUAUGCUCAGAAUUAUAUAUGCACUUAUAUCAAAGUCAUUGAGCAAUGUGUAGUAAGUCAGUUUGGGAUGGCCACUACCAUGGUAUUGAAUGGUUGUUAGAUGCAGAAUACUAGAAUAAUGUGUUUGGGUUAGGUAACAUAAUUGAGUAUGACUGCCAUCAAUAUUAACUAGUAACUGCAUCAGUUUCCGGCAAGGUUAAUUUAUCUUUAUGUGAGCCAUUGCAAUUCAUGUUGCUUUGCCCUUAAUUUAUUCAUAUUUUAUACAAAUAAUUCCAAAUAAAGGCAUGAUGAAA